AGGUGACAAACCCCAGGAUUUUAGCUUCACUUCCUGAGACAGGAACAGUAAACCAGUUGCUUGUUGGUCAGAGAGAAGCUGCUGAAUCAUUUAAAACAUUCCUCUGCAUCAAUUGCUUUCACGAAGCAGACAGAACAAAGUUCACACGGACUCUGCAUAAUCAGAUCAAAUGGAUGUGCUGAAGAUUACAGUGGUGCUGAUCCUGAGCUACUUUUCCUUUUCAUCUUCCGUGACCAAUUGCCCAAAUUACUGCACCUGCUACUUUUCUAGCAAUAUUACAUCUGUGACUUGUGUUUCAGUUGAAAGUCUUUUCAACAUCCCAAAGAACAUCCCAACUCAGACAACCAUCAUGUCGAUUGAAUUCACCAACAUUAGUGCUCUGACAGACAAAGAUUUCGUUGGUCUUUUUCAGCUUCGAGAACUUCAUCUUUCAAGUAACUUGUUGGAAAACAUUUCUUCAGGUGUUCUAAAAGAAGUUCAUCAGCUGAGAAUACUGGAUUUAACCAACAAUUUGCUGACUACAUUGCCACCAAAUGUAUUUAGCACGGCUUUCAACCUGGCCUCACUAAUUUUACAGGGAAACAGACUGCAAACAGUGAAUCCUUCUUGGUUUUGUCAACUUCAGAGUCUUGAAUGGCUCGAUUUAUCAAGCAAUAUGUUGACAUCCUUACUUCCUAAUACAUUUCAUAAUUUGACCAAUCUGCUAAUACUUGAUUUAUCCAGUAAUGAACUUGAAUACUUACCAGCCAAUUUGUUUAACAAAAUGCCAAAUCUGGAGAGGUUAAAUCUGGGAGAAAAUCAGUUGACUGUGUUUGCCCCUGCUACCUUUGACCAUGUAAUCAAUUUAAAAUAUUUGUUUCUUAAUUGUAAUAAGAUUGGGAAGAUUCCAGAGGGACUGUUUAAUAAACUACUACAGCUAGACACUCUGGAUCUUUCAGACAACAAGUUGACAUCAUUGCCUCAAAGAAUAUUUGAUAAUCUCUUGCAGCUUGGGGCAAAAUGGGACCAGGGUUUAGACCUCUCAGAGAAUCCGUGGAUUUGUAGCUGCGAUCUGAAGUAUCUGUGGCAGUGGCUAGCUGUAAAUUCUGAAAAGGUGUACUUUCUUAACACAUUGGUAUGUGCCAAACCUGAAGCACUCAGGGGCAAAGAAAUUAAACUACUUUCUGAAGAGGAGCUAAGAUGUUAAAAUAAUUACUUCUAAAAACAUUGAAAUUGUACUUUAUAUGAAUUAUGCCAAGAAAAUAAAAGUUAAAUUUCC